ACUUACAAAAAAAAAAAAAAGUGUUUCUCGUGGACAUCGUGAUUCACUCACAGUUGUUAGAUUAGAACUACCGCUUCUAUUCCUCUUAGCCCCACCAUAUAAGAGCUUUCACUUAACCGCAAAUCUGCAUUAGAACAAAUAAACACUUUGUUGGGUGUGAGUAUUGAGAAUGGAAAAACCCGUGAAGAAGGUGCUGCUUACCUCUGGUGGGGAUGAGAUUUCGCAAAACAUUGCUUUCAAUUUGGCCAAACGGGGAUGCAGAUUGGUUUUGAUGGGAAACGAGAAGCGCCUUCAAAGUGUUGCAGAGAAGAUAAAAAGUUCAUUCAAGGGUGUUGAAGCAGUCGAAGUGGUUGGAGUUGAUAUGGAGGAUGAGAGAGAAGCAACAUUUGAUGAGGCAGUGGAUAAGGCUUGUCGAAUUUUGGGCAAUCUGGAUGCUUUGGUGCAUUGCUAUACUUACGAAGGAAAGAUGCAAGACCCGCUACAAUUAGCAGAGGAGGAUUUCAGAAAAUUAGUGAGAAUCAAUUUUAUGGCUUCAUGGUUUCUUCUAAAGUCUGUUGGCAGAAGAAUGCGAGACAACAAUGCAGGAGGUUCCAUUAUAUUCUUGACCUCAAUAAUGGGGGCGGAGAGAGGACUUUAUCCAGGAGCUGCUGCCUAUGGUGCUUGUUCAGCCAGUGUGCAGCAGUUAGCUCGGACAGCAGCAUUGGAUCUGGGAAAAUACAAGAUCAGGGUCAAUGCUAUCAUCCGAGGUGUGCACCUACAAGAUGAAUAUCCUCUAGCAGUGGGGAAGGACAGGGCUGAGCGGUUAGUUAAGGACGUAGUGCCGCUGCAGAGAUGGAUGGAUGUUGAAAAUGAUCUGGCUUCAACAGUCGCCUAUCUAAUCAGUGAUGGUUCACAGUAUAUGACUGGAACGACUAUAUUUGUCGACGGAGGGCAGUCUCUGGCUAGGCCUAGGAUGCGAUCUUUCAUGUAAUUCUUGAUAUUAUUUCAUUUAGGGAACGGGACUAAUUCCCACCCAAAUUUUAGUUUAAUCAUAAAUUUAUACCUACAAUAGAUGAAAAAUUCAA